UGGUUCAACUAUUAAUAAGAUUAGCUCUUAAUUAUUAUGGAAUACGAAAAGCCUACUGAAAGACCAGAGAUUGGUAAAUUCUUAGCAUUCGAUCACCUCAGGUUCUGGGUUGGAAAUGCUAAGCAAGCUGCCUCCUUCUACACCUCCAGAUUUGGAUUUGAAGAAGUUGCCUACCAAGGCUUAGAGACAGGAGAAAGAGAUUUCUGUACCCAUGUUAUUAGAAACGGAGACAUCGUUUUGGCCUUCACUACUGCCAUCCAACCAGGAAACUCCGAAUUCUACGGUGAACUCGAAACUCAUGGAGAUGGAGUCAAAGAUGUAGCCUUCACUGUUGACGAUGCUAGAAGCAUGCAUGAGAAAGCAGUAAGCAGAGGAGCUAAGUCUGUGAGAGAGCCAGAAGAAUUGAAAGAUGAGAAUGGAUCUGUGAUUAUUGCUUCUAUCCAAACUUAUGGUGAUACUAUCCAUACCUUAGUCGAAAGAAAAGAUUAUACCGGCCCAUUCCUUCCUGGAUACAAGGAGUCAACAACUAAAGAUCCAGUCAACGAGUUCAUUGAGACUCCAAAGUUCGAAAGAAUCGAUCAUGUUGUUGGCAACCAACCAGAUUUGGAGAUGGAGCCUACCGCUGAAUGGUACGAAAAGAUGCUCGACUUCCACAGAUACUGGUCUGUCGAUGACUCAAUGAUCCAUACCGAGUAUUCCUCUUUGAGAUCAAUUGUCAUGUGCGACUUCGACGAAAUUAUCAAAAUGCCAAUCAACGAGCCAGCCCCAGGUAAAAGAAAGAGUCAGAUCCAAGAGUAUGUUGACUUCUAUGGAGGACCAGGAGUCCAACACAUUGCUAUGAAGACUGACGACAUCAUUGAUACAAUCGAGAACAUGAGAAAGAGAGGUGUUGAAUUCCUCACAAUCCCAGAUACCUAUUACGAGAAUUUGAGGAAGGCAUUGGCUGAAGCUCCAAUUGAAGUAAAAGAAGACCUUGAUGUUCUUCAAAAGAACAAGAUUCUGAUCGACUAUGAUGAUAAAGGUUAUCUUCUCCAGAUCUUCACCAAGCCAGUUGAAGACAGACCAACCCUCUUCUUUGAAGUGAUCCAGAGAAACAACCACAACGGUUUUGGAGCUGGUAACUUCAAGAGUUUGUUCGAAUCCAUCGAACUUGAGCAAGAGAGAAGAGGAAACUUGUAAUGAUAUCAAAAACUAAAUUAUCUCAAACGUGACAUUCAACAUAAAUUUG